GGGAGGGAGAGAGAGAGAGAAGUGGAGGGAGAGCACCAGAAGAGUAAUACAACAAGGGAUGAAAGGAGACACCCCCGUGAACAGCACCAUGAGUGUCGGCCAAGCCAGGAAACUGGUGGAGCAAUUGAAGAUUGAAGCCAGUUUUUGCAGGAUCAAGGUAUCAAAGGCAGCUGCAGACCUGAUGGCAUACUGUGAUAACCACGCGAUUGAGGACCCCCUCAUCAACCCUGUGUCCACCUCAGAGAACCCAUUCAGGGAGAAGAAGCUCUUCUGUGCACUCCUUUGAGACAAGCCACAGGAUGUUGUGAAAUACAAUGUCCAGACAAAAAUGCAAACAAUACGUAACCAUUAACAUAUGAGUCAUGAUAGCCUUUCAAAACAAAUACACAUCUAAAACACACCAAGAAAGCUAACAAAUUUGAACCUGAAAAACAUACAAGUGGAUAUACUGUAAAUACAUUAUGCAACAUGAAAUAGCUCAUUUCUCAAAUCAACUCAAUAGGCAAGAUGGAUGAUGGAGGGGUGACAACACAAAUUGGAAUUAUUUGUAACUUUUAAUACACACUUCAUGGUAAAUAUCCAUUGCCUGCCCAAAUCAGCCUUUGUUAAAUAGUUUGUGUGCGACAGACAGUCCUGGAUGUAACUUUUUUAAUCUUUGUUGCAGAAAUGUAGGUGGCACUGGAUCAGUAAUUGAAUCUUCAUUUAACUAGGCAAGUCAGUUAAGAACAAAUUCUUAUUUACAAUGACGGCCUAGGAACAGUGGGUAACUGCCUUGUUCAGGGGCAGAACGACGGAUUUUUACCUUGGGGAUUUGAUCUAGCAACCGAAAGGCUAGGCUACCUGCCGCCCAGUAAGAGGGUAUUAAGAGGACAAGGCAAUACACACUGACCCAAAUAAUUCCACUGGUGUGUACAAGUGGUAAGCUGCCUUAACACAGGAUCAGUGAUCCAAAAAGAGAGGUUCCCAAUAAAUGAUCAAUGAUGUUUAUUUAUUUAAACUAGGCAAGUCAGUUAAGAACAAAUUCUUAUUUACAAUGGCGGCCGACAACGGCCAAACCCGGACGACGCUGGGCGAAUUGUGUGCCGCCCUAUGGGACUCCCAAUCACAGCCGGUUGUGAUACAGCCUGGAUAAAAUGAUAAAAGCGGUUUAAUUUGUCAAGUGGGAGCCUAAUAAUAAAUAAGUUAUGCCUUUAUGACAAUAGCAUUAACUAAGAGGUACAUUUCGAGACCAGUCUUUAAGGAUGCUUAGGAAUAUUAUCACUCUUAAGAUCAAUGUUACAAUGUAGACCUUCACUGUUUAUAUUUCAUAAAAAUAAAGAGCUCUGAAUAAAAGGAGACGUUGAUAAUCAAAGACUAAAAUAAACACCGUCACCAAAAACAAGUUUGCAUUUCAUUUGUGAUUUUAUUUCCCUCCCCCCAAAAAUGGCAAAAACAAAACAAACCCGGAAUUGUCCAGAUCUUGCAGUUGGUUUUGUUCAUUUCAAAAGAAAAAUAUAAAAACUAAUAUGCUUUCACAGUCAAAACACAAAAACAUGAACCAGUAUUUCAGAAAAACCAUCAUUCAGCAAUUAAACGUUAGCAAGCAACACACGCAUGCCUAGAAAUUACUUACUGGAACAACAGUGCUCCUUUUUGUGGGUUUACUUUUGGCUUUCAUUUUGUGUGUGAAAAUUGGGUGAUGUGGUAGCUAACUUAAGUAGAUCGUGAAAAAAAAAAUUGUAUUACAACAUUGAGGCAUCUCUUCAACUUUGACAAAAACAAACAAGAUAACAUGGAGCAAUCACACCUUAGUGUUUCCUGUGAACUCUGUUUUGUAAAAAUGAACAGUAACAUCUUGACAUUUUAACUACAGAUGUUAAAGCUAUCUGGUAUCUAAAAUGGUUUAAAAUCCUAUUAUAAGUUAAUUUAAAUAAAUGCACGGGCAAUCAAUCAGUUGGAGAUGAGUAAAAACAUUAGUUAUAACUUUUGUGAAGGGACCGUGUUGAUAAAAGUUCUCUUUUGACAGAGAACAAAUUGAAAUAACACAUUGCAGGAAAACCAAAAUGAGCUCAUUCCCAACGUUUCUGUGCAGCCAAAGAUUUUAAUCAUAGAAAA